UAAGCCCAUUAUGAAAGUGGUAAUAUUUUGCCUAAUUUGGCUAGUCUGCUCCCAAGGUGAAAGUGUUCCAUUAAAGCCUUGUCCUUUGGAGACUAGUUGCGGAAAGGUGGACAGCUCCGAUGAAGUUUGUGGUUUGGACGAAGAGUUGGGAUGCAUCCGGAAAUACCCCUCCAGGUGCCAUUUAAAUAUUGCCGCUUGCCAAGCGAAAAAAAAUUUUACCGACUAUAGCAACGUUUACUGUUCCAUGGAGGCCUACGCAUGCGAACAGUCCCCCACCUACGAGCGAUGGACUAUCUUUUUUGGAUAUGAAAACGACUAGAUAUUAGAGU